CCUGCUGUCACAGAGUGUACUCUGUGACCUUCCUGGCAGGUGAGUCUGAGCCAUACAUGGAGGAUGACAGAAAAAUCCAACGGUGUGAAGAGCUCUCCAGCCAAUAACCACAACCAUCACCCGCCCCCUGCCAUCAAGGCCAAUGGCAAAGAUGACCCCAGGACCAGCAGCAGGCCAGUGUCUGCUGCUGAAGACGAUACUUCCUCAGAGCUGCAGAGGCUGGCGGAUAUGGAGACCCCGCGGCGGGGGAGGGGUGGCUUCCGCAGGAUUGCACGCCUGGUGGGAGUUAUAAGAAACUGGGCCAACAAGAAUUUCCGUGAGGAGGAGCCUAGACCUGAUUCGUUCCUUGAGCGUUUCCGUGGGCCUGAGCUCCAGACGGUGACGACACAGCAGGCAGAUGGCAAAGGCGACAAGGACGGAGAGGGAAAGGCCAAGAAGAAAUUUGAGCUAUUUGUCUUGGACCCCGCUGGUGACUGGUACUACCGUUGGCUGUUCAUCAUUGCCAUGCUCGUCCUCUACAACUGGUGCCUGCUAGUGGCCAGAGCCUGCUUCAGUGACCUCCAGAGAGGCUACUUCCUGGUGUGGCUGGUGCUCGAUUACUUGUCAGACCUGGUCUACGUCGCAGAUCUCCUCAUCCGACUGCGCACAGGUUUCCUAGAGCAGGGGCUGCUGGUCAAAGACACCAAGAAACUGCGAGACAACUAUAUCCACACCCUGCAGUUCAAGCUGGAUGUGGCUUCCAUCAUCCCCACCGACCUGAUCUAUUUUGCUGUGGGAAUUCAUAGCCCUGAGGUGCGCUUCAAUCGCCUGCUACACUUUGCCCGCAUGUUCGAGUUCUUUGACCGCACGGAGACACGCACCAGCUAUCCCAACAUCUUUCGCAUCAGCAACCUGGUUCUCUACAUCUUGAUCAUCAUCCACUGGAAUGCUUGCAUUUAUUAUGCCAUCUCCAAGUCCAUUGGCUUUGGGGUGGACACGUGGGUUUACCCCAACAUCACUGACCCUGAGUACGGCUAUCUGGCUAGGGAGUACAUCUACUGCCUCUACUGGUCUACACUGACCCUCACCACCAUUGGGGAGACGCCACCCCCUGUAAAGGAUGAAGAGUACUUGUUUGUCAUCUUUGACUUCCUGAUCGGUGUCCUCAUCUUUGCCACCAUCGUAGGAAAUGUGGGCUCCAUGAUCUCCAACAUGAAUGCCACACGGGCAGAGUUCCAGGCCAAGAUCGACGCUGUCAAACACUACAUGCAGUUCCGCAAGGUCAGUAAGGAGAUGGAAGCCAAGGUCAUUAGGUGGUUUGACUACCUGUGGACCAAUAAGAAGUCGGUAGAUGAGCGGGAAGUUCUCAAGAACCUGCCGGCCAAGCUCAGGGCCGAGAUAGCCAUCAACGUGCACCUGUCCACAUUAAAGAAAGUGCGGAUCUUCCAGGACUGCGAGGCUGGCCUGCUGGUGGAGCUGGUACUGAAGCUUCGUCCUCAGGUCUUCAGCCCUGGGGAUUACAUUUGCCGCAAGGGGGACAUCGGCAAGGAGAUGUACAUCAUCAAAGAGGGCAAGUUGGCAGUGGUGGCCGAUGAUGGGGUGACGCAGUACGCCCUCCUAUUAGCUGGGAGCUGUUUUGGAGAGAUCAGCAUCCUGAACAUCAAGGGCAGCAAGAUGGGGAACCGGCGCACGGCCAAUAUCCGCAGCCUGGGCUACUCGGACCUCUUCUGCCUGUCCAAGGAUGACCUUAUGGAAGCGGUGACUGAGUACCCGGAUGCCAAGAAGGUCUUGGAGGAGAGGGGCAGGGAGAUCCUGAUGAAGGAGGGGCUGCUGGACGAGAGCGAGGUGGCAGCCAGCAUGGAGGUGGACGUGCAGGAGAAGCUAGAGCAGCUGGAGACCAACAUGGAGACGCUGUACACUCGCUUUGGCCGCCUGCUGGCUGAGUACACAGGAGCCCAGCAGAAGCUCAAGCAGCGCAUCACAGUCCUGGAGACCAAGAUGAAACAGAACGAGGAUGAUUACCUGUCGGAUGGGAUGAACAGCCCUGAGCUCGGCGCCGAUGAACAGCCGUAAAGCUCGGGGCCCGAUGGCCACGGCAACCUUGCCCUGACUGCAGAUCUAGCUGAGCACUGUAGAUGUCCAGACUCACAUGCAAUGUCCUCCUGUCACUCUGCAUCUACCCAAAGCCUCUCUGAGGUUUCAAUUUUUGGCCUAACCCUCCAAGAGCUGUCUUCCAAGUGUAGCUAAGCGCCAAGCCUGUGGACAGUAUGGACUGUUGGCUGGGCUUCCGGGAGCUUCAGCCUGCCCAGGCCUGAAGAGGAAGAGAAGAGCCGCCGAGCUGUCCUCCAGGGGAAGCCUGGGAUGGGUGGCCUGGGCGAUGAACUGCCUAUGCGCAGCGUGAUGUGCCCGCUGCUGCCCUGGCCCCUCUGCCUGAGUCCUUCAGAACACUGGGCUUUGUCAUCUGGUCUCGGUGUCUGUCUGCUAGCCAGGAGGGGGCGCUCCGUAGUCUUCUCCGGAGCAGGAGGAUGUUAAGGUUUUCGGCUUCUGGUCUGUGACAGGUCAGGAGGUGAGGAGCAGGACUUCUGACAGGGCCCAGCAGCCACUGCUGCCUGGCUGCUGCGGCCACCAGCCCUCUACGCAGAGCGUUGCUGAAGAGUUCUUGAAAGUUGGUGGUGGGCGUGAGACUCUGCAAGUUAAUACGUGCGCUAGGAGCACUUAGGGGUUAAUAAAUCCCUUCCAACUGCGUGGUGCGCAUCGCCCCACUCUGCUACCCACUGCGCCCUUCAGUCCCUCGCUUUCCUCACCCCUCCACUCCAAGACUCUCUUGCUUGCAUACCUGGUGCCGUCUUCCCCUGCCCCUGAGAACCCUAGUGGUCCUUUAGGAUAGCUCUCGCUCCUCUGCGCUGCUCCUUAGAGAAGACCCUUGCCUGCGCCCACUCCCCUAGUCCGCAGAGAGUCACCCCAGCUCUGGGCUUCUCCACUGUUCACAUGCAGUAUCCUCCUGUCACACUGCCCAACAGCCGCUCUGUGCCGACUCUUAUUAAGCUGCGUGGUCAGUUUUCACGGUUGUGUUUCUCCACUAGACUGUGGGCUCUUUGAGGGCAACGCUGUGUUGCGUCCUGUGCUACUACCUGCAGCCUUGGUCUACGUGUGACCCCGAAGAGCCACUGAGGGAAGUGAGCGUGCAAGUGAGCGAGAGAAUGAAUUGAUACAGCUGACCCAGAUGCCCUCAGGAAGCACUGGCUCUGCCUGGGGAGCUGGGCCGGGCCUCAGCAAUUUGAGCUCUAGAGCCCGAGGGACCACGGCUGCUUUGUUGGCAAGAGGGUCAGUGUGUGGACUCCCAGGCCUUCACGUUCAUGCGCGACAUGCAUUCACUGAUGCGUUCAGUUGUUAAUCGAUUGACUGAUUGACUCCUUCAUUCAUUGUGGUAAAAUGCACAGAAAUUUACUUUUUCGCCAGUUUAAGUGUAUAGUUCAAUAGUAUUAAGUAGAUUUGCACCAGCAAAUGCAUGAAAAAAUUGAGCACCAUCUCUGGCCAGGGGAAAAAUGCAAAUUAAACCAACACUGAGAUGCCACCUCACUCCAGAAGAAUGGCUGCCCUCAAGACUGAUGACAAGGCUGCGGAGGGGAAAGGAGCCUCUGGCAUUGUUGGUGGGCGUGUAAACUAGUACGCCCACUGUGGAAAUCGGCGUGGAGGGCCUCUGAAAGCCAGCAGUCGGAAGUCCACUCACCUCAGCUCUUCUCAUUCUGGGUGUGUUCCCCGAGAGUGAAAGGCAUCGUUUCACGGUGGUGCGUGCACACCCGUGCUUACAGUAGCACAUCUCACCCUAGCUGCGUCUCAGACAGGGGCUGUAUACCCACCAACAGAUGAGUGGGUGGAGAGAACGUGCUGGUACACAGUGCAGUACCACGCUGCCAUAGAGAAGCACGAGGCUUUGUCAUGUGUCGGAAAGCGGCUGCACUUUGGGAUGCAAAGUGAAAGACAUCAGACACGGAAGCUUAGACGUGGCAUGGCUUCUCUCAUCAGAGAAACCCGAAAUAGCACCAAAUUACAGAGCAAUAGCAAAGGUAAUAGGAAACAGUGAUAGAGAUUUUUGCAAAAGGGAAGAGGGCCGAGAAAUGGCAGAAGGGGAGACGGGGUGGGGGGCAGAGAAAGGGGGAGAAAAAGAAUUAAGGUGUGUUGCGCUCAUGUACCAGCUCCCCACGAGGAAUGCGAUCAUUGUGUAAGCAGACACGGGCCAGUACAAACAAGACUUUAAAGGGUAUACUCACAUUGUGAUGAGGAGACGAGGCCAGCCACCAGGCCCUCGGCACCCCUCUCACCUCUGGCAACCACUGCCCUACUGUUUGUCUCUACCAACUUGACUACUCAGGGAUUCUGCCUACUACUGUCGACACCCCGAAUUCCGGCAGAUGUUCUCUCCCCUUUGAAGGCUGAAUGGGAUUCUCAGCGUGGACAGGCCACAUUUUGCUUAUUCCUCCAUCUGCUGCUGGACACUUGUCUGUUUACUCCUGUUAAUGUUCUUUUUAAGGUGGCAAGAAGCAUUACGGUAACCAUUGUAGAUGACCUUGUAUUCUGUGUUGACAUCAUGUACUAUGUCCAUCCUUUGUUUUGACUGACUGCUUUGUUAUGUCAUAUUUGGUUUUAUUCUCUUCCAAAAAAAAGUUAAUAAGAACUAUGAAAGUAAUAAAACUCAAAAUGUGCAAUUGUUGUUGUAAAAAAGUGAGGAAAACAAAGUGCUCUAAAAGAUACAACUGCAAAUGUGUUUAGGUGUGUAAGAUAGAUGACCAUAUUACUGAGUUUUUGUUGGAUCACUGAACAGAACUAUUUGCAGUCUCACUGUUUCAAUGUCCACUUUGUAUGCUUUAAUUUUGUAACUUGAACAACUAUUUCUAAGAUGACAAUAUGUAAUCUAUUAACUAGUGAUUGCUUACUAUUUAUUUUCUUUUUUUUGAAAGUCUGCAUUCCUUGUACCCUUUUACUGUUUUGGUUUUUUUCUUUCUUUAAAUAAAAUAAUAAAUAAAUAAAUAAAUACUCCUGUUA